AGUGUAAUUUCUCCUGUAUACCUAUUUUAGUGGGACAUUUCGUGUUACUUUAGACAAUCGCUCUCAGCAGCUUUAAAUUACCUGACAUCACAUUACAGAGUUGUUGCACUGCAGAUUAUUUGAGAAAUCUCAGAUAUUCACAAAGUUCAGAAUAUUAGCCUAAACUGUAUUCCAAUUUAACUGUUACGAUCUUUUUUAUCUAAUGAGUUUUGGGUGAGAUAUUUGUAUUGCUGGAAGACUAAUCUCCAUGCAUGUACUGUACAAGAGAGGCAAAUAUAGCAUGCUCUGGGGAAAGAGUGGGAAGAGGGAGGGAGAGAGAUAACGCAGCACACACACACGGUAGCGCGAGACAUAUUACAAAAGGCGCAUGCACAAGAAACAGACACAUUGCAAUUGUACACCUGUAUUACUAUCUUGAUUUAUGAUUACCCGCGCGAGGGAAUAUAUCUUAGGAUCUCUGCGUAUACCGCUCAAAUAGAGUCACUGUUCAAUCGUGAUACUCUUCUUCCUCGGCAGGCAUAUGUAUUUCGUAUCGCCGUUUCUUCCAGUAAGCACCAAUGCAUUUAUGCACCCGCCUCCCUGCGCUCUCAAAUAGAUGGUGCAAGUAAAGAUGUCCAAAUCUUCCGCAGACCCUCUGUCUGGUGUAGAAAGCGCUUCUCAGUCGCACUAUUUCCAGCUACCACGAAAGUUGCCGAAGCGCAAGGGUCGUUUUAAACGCUCAGAUGGCAGCACCUCGUCUGACACCACCUCCAGCUUCAUCAAACGACAGGGUUCAGCCGAUUCGUACACGAGCAGACCUUCGGAUUCCGACCUGUCAGCGGAGGAGGACCGCGAGGCGUAUCGGCGUGAAGCCGAACGCCAGGCCCAGCUGCAGCUCGAGAGAGCCAAGUCCAAACCUGUAGCAUUCGCAGUGAAGACGAAUGUGAAUUAUUGCGGGGCUCUAGAUGAGGACUGUCCUGUUCAGGGUGCUGCCAUAAACUUUGAAGCCAAAGACUUUCUGCACAUUAAAGAGAAGUACAAUAAUGACUGGUGGAUUGGAAGGCUGGUGAAAGAGGGGGCAGACAUCAGCUUCAUUCCCAGCCCCCUCCGACUGGAGGCCAUGAGACUCAAACAGGAGCAAAAACAACAGAGGAAAAGUGGUAACUCCUCCUCAAGCCUGGGCGAUAUGGUAUCAGGAGGUUGGAGAUCCACGCCGCCAUCUGCAGGUGAGACCAAACAGAAGCUUAAGCAGACUGAACACAUUCCUCCAUAUGAUGUGGUGCCGUCCAUGAGGCCUGUGGUUCUGGUUGGGCCUUCACUGAAGGGCUAUGAGGUGACAGAUAUGAUGCAGAAAGCUCUGUUUGACUUUCUCAAACAUCGCUUUGAUGGACGGAUUUCUAUAACCCGGGUGACCGCUGACCUUUCUUUGGCCAAGAGAUCAGUUCUCAACAAGAGACCUAUCAUGGAGAGGUCUAACACACGCACCAGUUUGGCGGAGGUACAGAGUGAGAUCGAGAGAAUAUUUGAGUUGGCCAAAACCCUUCAACUGGUGGUUCUGGAUGCGGACACCAUUAACCAUCCAGCACAGCUAGCUAAAACCUCACUAGCUCCCAUCAUAGUGUAUGUCAAGGUCACCUCUCCAAAGGUCCUGCAGCGGUUGAUAAAGUCAAGGGGUAAAUCACAGAGCAAACACCUCAAUGUUCAGAUGAUGGCAGCAGAUAAACUGGCUCAGUGUCCUCCUGAGAUGUUUGAUGUCAUUUUGGACGAGAACCAGUUGGAGGACGCCUGUGAGCACCUCGCUGAAUAUCUGGAGGUCUACUGGCGUGCCACUCAUCUGCCAGGCACCACCCCUAUUAACCCCCUAUUGGAGCAAAAUCUGAUGACCCCACCCUCGGCAAUCUCCAGUCUUCAGAACCAGCAGUUGUCGCCCGCCGGGGGUGGAGGGGGAGUGGAGGAGGAGGAGCAGGGGGAGCAGGACAGCCUCAUGCCCUCCGACGAGGCCAGUGACUCUCGCUCCCUCCGCCGAGGCGGCUCUAGCUCCCUGCACCCCCCGGAGGACGAGGAAGAAGAGGAGGAGGAGGAGGAGGAAGAAGAGGAAGAUGAUUACGAUCCCCACCACCACUCUCACCCGUACCGGGACGUGUACCCGCCCAACCGUAACAACCCCGGUGGCAUCCACAACGCUAACGGACAUGAGUCACAGGACCGACUCCUGCAGCAGCGAGACUCGCAGGACGGACACAACCAACGAAACAACCGCCAGCGCGUGAGAGCCUGGCCGAGAGACAACUACUGACCGUCAGCCUGCAGGAUUCUGGAAGAGAGGGUUGGGUCGUGAAUCGGGGUGAUGGGAAUUGGUGAGGAACUGGAAACGCACAAUGUGUGUGUAUGUAUGUUGUUGGAUGAAGCUGCCCAUGAUUGACGAAAAUAUCCUGUUUUCUAAGCUUAUGUGGUUGUUAUUGUUUGAGGCAUUGCACUACAUUUGCUUUUUAAAGACAGGGCAGUUUUUCUCCUUUAAGAUCAAAUGCAUGUUCAUAUCGAAACAAUAUUUGAGCUUCCUCUAGAAACCCUUACCCCACCUGAGUCAAAUAUUACUUUAUUAUUUUGCGUAUUAUACACUCUCCCUUAACCUAAUGAGCACAGAAGGCAUUAUGGGAAAAUGAAAAGCACUUUUAUAGCAUGGGAUGUGAGUCACAAUGAAAGAUGUUGUAGCAUUUUGUUGCAUCUUUAAUGGCUUCUUUUUUUUCUAGCACUCUUGUAAAUGUGCAUAUUACUCACUAUUGUUUGGUUCAUUUCCUCUAGUCUUAUCAUUAUCAGUUGUUUAUUGGUACACCUCUGGACAUUAUUCAGGCAACUGACAUGAAGUCAUUUCAUGGUCACAUUCAUAGAUGUAGCACACAUUGGCGCUUGCACAAGCACCAUGUAAAUGCGGUAUAUGUAGAAAAGGAAAUCAGGGUUACGCUUUGCUGUCGUAGAGUAAAAAUAUUAUUGGGACUAUAGCCUGGAUUUGCACAUGAGGUGAAUUUCAACUCCAAAAUGAAGAGAAGCAGUCGAUCUUCCUGCAUUUCCGUACUGCCGCAUAAAGAAAGAACCUAAUUAGGUCAGUGUCAUUGGUUUCUUUUUCUGGGAAAUGAGAAGGACUGAAAACUGGUGUUAUUUUAUCACCCAACAGUGCCCAUAUACUAGCUUUUUUUAUAGAAGUAGAUGAAACACCAGUUCUGGUGUCCGUUUUGGAAUAGUUAUGUUGUUCCUCUGCGACUUGACAGUUGAAAGUUGGUCUAGGUUCAUACUUUUUACCAUUUUACAGAUUUGCAAGUCAUCUAUUGGUUGACCUUAUCAGAGACAGUAUAAGGAAAAGAAUAAAUGAAUCAUGAGAAAUCAUAACACUCAAAAUGGCGUCUUUCAGUUAAAGGGGUCAGUCAAACGCAUCCUGUUCUGUUUUGUCAUAUGCAUGCAAAUUAGCUAGACUACCCUGAUUUAUAAAGCUAAAGAAGCUAAAUUUAAAUUUUUGUGUAAUUGUUUUUGAGUGAUUUUAAAAUGUGAAAGGUUUGGCAAAGCGUUACCCCUAUUUAAGUAGAUAAAAGUUAUACUAGCAUUACCAAAAUGGCUGCCGAGUGAACUGCCUCAGAAGGACUUUGUCUUUACCAAGAAAAACAUAAAUCUAACUAGUGAGUGAUCUUCCUCUGUCCUCUGUUUCUCGCCACUUUUUCCUCUCCGAGGCUCUGGGCAUCUAAGAGGGCGGUUACCGUGGCCUACUUAAAAACAGCGUCACAUCUUGCGUUGAUGACACGUUGACUGCUAGCUAGUUUAAUGACCUUAUUGGUGAUUACAUUAGCAUAUAUAAACCAGGUUGUGUUACGACCAAAUCCAAGAAAGUUUCUCCCUUUUCUCAUUAUCAUGACUCUAGACUCGGAUGUUACCUGUAGCAGCUUAGGCUAAGGUUUAUCCAGUGUAGGACAAUUCAAACUGGCCUUAAUACUUACCUGUAUAUCUAUACCACUGCAUGUCUCAAAUACAACUAUUUAGGACUAUUUGCACAUUAGGGUUGAAACAGGACUUUUAGAAAACUUUAAGUAUGAGUAGAAAAAUCUACUCAGUUUUUUGUGUAAUUUAAAAUCUGCAACAGAAUAUUAGUAACGCAUCUAAGAAUAGCUAGUGUAUAUAUAUCGAAUGAAAUUUCACCAGAUCCUGAAUAUAAUUCUUUAGAACGUUACUUUACUUUGUAUUUAUGGAUCUGUAUUGUUUUUCACAAAUGUUGCUAUGUUUACAAAGUCAGGAUUGCUCUCACUCAGAGAUUGUUGACGUGAGGCGCAUUGAAAUAUAUGUGACGUCAGUUGUUGUACGGUUAUGUGAAGUCACAUAAAGUUGCAGUACACUCUCAUGUAGCGCUGUAGUUAUUGGUUUGGGUCUUUUGCGAGAAAACUUGCAAUUAAAACAUCUAAAUAAAUGAUUUGAUAAUUUGUUGUGAUGGCCUCUAGAUUUCAGUACAUAUCCAAACAUCGCCAUCCAGCAAGAGAAAUCCUUAUUUUUCUUCAGAACUAACCUUUCUGAUUUAAAGCAUUGUUUAUAGAUAGGAUGUGCAUUAAAGUAUGAUUUAACGUAGACUACACAGUUCUUUCCAAACAUGCACAGAGACUUGAGUGAAUGUAUAGUUGCAUGCCUUAACACCUCUUGUCCUCAGCACUAAUGUAUUGUCCUCCAGAGGGACGGUGCUGAAUUGACUGUCCCUCAGUUGAUUGUGUUUCGUUGAUUGUACUGGAUCCGUACACUCCCAGAAUGCACUUUUAGAAACAUCCUCCCUCAUAUUAGAUUGUAAAGACUUGUCUUAUCGACCAAAAUUGAUGCCUACUCUGAAGAUUGAGUAGUAUUACAUCACAACCAUAGUAUGUUCAUCAUAGGGUUUUUUAUGUGUAGGCCUGAAAUACACUGAAAUCCAAACAGGGGAAACAACACCUACUAGUGGCUACUUCAUUACACUGACAUGGUGAAUGCUAAAGUCUGAAACAUACUCUACGCAAGUGUGUGAGCACAAGUGUUUCAAGCAAAAUGCAUCAGACCUCAAUUCCCUUCAAAAUGUUGCUCCACCAUGACUGUUGUUGACGUGAAAGAGAAAACUUACCAUAGAAGAAGACAGUUUAUGCUAACGCACGCUACAGUGCCCCUUGUGGCAAUACUAAGAAUGUAAUGCAAAUUAUGUAGCUAUAAGCAUAUGAGUUCAUGUACUAUGAGUAUGUAGGGUAUGUUUCAGGACUAAAAGUGUCUUUCCAUGUCAGAAAUCACGCAAUUACCUGUUAACAACCCACGUCACGUGUUGAUCUCAGGUCAUUAGACAAGUCACCGUAUCUCUUGCCUUUCUAACAUAAGAUCAAACUGACAUAGAUUGUAUGUCACAGUCCUGGACAUUGUGUUUACAGCACCGAUCUUGAAGCAAAAUCUUGCAUAGGCUGUUUAGAGGGUCAUGGGAAAUGUACAUGUUCUGGGGUGUGGAAGUCAGGGUAAAAGUCCACUUUAACAAAUGCCUUGACCAAUCCUCUCUUUUAGUGUACUGCAUCUUUAUUUGCUAUCAACAUGUCUCACUUUAAUCUAUUGUUCUAUAUUUUAAAAAAAAACAAAGAAAAUCAGAGCAUGACUGAAAAAAAAUUCUAUGCAAGUGUUGCAUGAGAUCUGAUCGUUUCUUUCUGAUCUACUUUAGUAUUGCAUUGAUUCUUGUUGUAAGUAUUAUUCUAUUUAGUAAGACAGUUCACCCUCUUUUAUACUGACCACAGACAAGGGGCUGCUGCCGCAAAGUUAAUUUUCUUUGAAAAAGCUCCUUUUCAAUCUUAUGAGCUUCAGUACCCCCACUGUUAUUUUUUUAUGUUAACGCUUAACCAUAACACAUAUUUGGAUUGAUGUAAUAAAAGAAAGUUCCAAGUUCAAGUUAAGCUGUACUGACAGAAUCUGUGACAUGUUGAAAAUUAUAACUCAUCCCUAAGUUUGUAAAAAUGCAUACAGUAAUACACUUACAAUGGGAGUCUAAGGGGUAAGGCAUUGUACUCGAAUAAAUGAUAAACUGUUUCAAAAGUUAAGCCACAAGACGUAAACAUUAUACAUAAACUUUAUACAUAGAAAAAUUGCUUACUAACCUUGUCUAUGUAAAGUUAUAUUUAAUCUUAAACUCCUGUCAUGAUCAUGUAAAACUUUCACACUCCACUCAGAGUAAUUAUUUUGGUAACACAAUCAUAAGUUCAUUUAGUUCAAAAAGUUUUUGAUAUAAGCACUUAAACAAAAAUAAAAGCUGCACAUUUCUGCUUUUAAACCCUCCAGAAUGUUUUGCCAUAUAGACUUCUAUUGUAAGUCCAUUACUGUACAUGAGAUUUUUGAGAGACGAGUCCAAAUUAUUUUUUGUGGCAAUGACAAUAGAACCUAAUUUGUUUGUUUUGUUUUUUUACCUGGAACAUUCCUUUAUAUAGCAUUUAUCAGGACCAGUAGGAUAUGAAUUCAGCUACUUUUAUAUAAGGCAAGAACUUGCAUUGUUGUAGUUGGGCUGAUAUUAAGACUGAGAAAAGAAACGAUGUGUAUUAUCUACAAUGUAAAAGAGCUUUGGUGGGAUGUGUGCUGUAUAAGGUCUACUAUUUUAGGUUUGCAUGUCUUAAUACAUGUAAAUGUACAUGAUACAUUGUUUUUUUCCCUUAUCUGUUAUGGCAUUGCAUUGUUUUCUAGCGGACCAAUACAGUACCCAUAACAAAUGUUGAUUUUUUUUUUUUCUUUCUGAGGUAUUAAGAAGCACAAUAUUUCCAAUGGGUAUAAUUUAAGUCCUUUGUCUUCGAUUCUGUAUGCAAUACAAACAUGGAAAGAAAACGCCUUAGAACAUUAACACUUCCUCUUCUGUGUAAGUAGAGAAAAAGAUAUUGCACUAUUUUUUUCUUUUUUUUUUUGAUGUCUUCUUUGUAAUGCAAUAAAUGCACUAGGUAGAAUAAUAAUUGCAAUGGACACUUAAUUGGUCCUCAGAUGUGAUGUAGGCACACUCUCUCUCUCUCUCUCUCUCUCUCUCUCUCUCGCCCCUUCAUCUUUCUGACUACAUUAAAAAUAAAAUCCUGCCUGAUGCUGUAUAUGCUUUCUAUUUAAAGAAAAUGGCACUAGUUAUAAUAAAAAAAACAAAAAACAUUUUAUGUACUUUUAACACUCCA